GAGCGGAGCGGGGAGGAGACAGACGCGCGCAGAGCGGCUUCUCGCUGACAGCUUUCCCCCUCCGGAGCUGAAAUACGGAGGCUUUUCAGAGCUUUGCGCCUCUUGACAGCCGGGGCUUUUAAAUGCGAGCAUAAGUCAGUCGCUUUAACGUCAACUUCAGUCCAAGAAAUUAUGAGUUUGCCAGAGAUAGACCGCUGGACGACGUUCACGCCCAUCUUUUAUAAUUCUCUGACUUGUUGCUGCUUUCGAAAGAUGUCUUUCACUCCCCGCUGUGUCGCCUGAAAGUGAAAACGCGUCGUUUUGUGAGCUUCACCUCUAAAAGUGGAUGUAAUCUUUGGAAAUCAAGUUUUAUCACCUCUCCGUGAGACGCGGCCCAUGGACCUAAGUGUGACCCACAGGCUGUUGCAUCCAGGCCCCGAGUCGGCCAUGCUGGCCCCCCGUCCUCCCUUCUUCCUGGGACCACUCACCGCUCAGAACUGCUCGCAGUUUUCCCAACAGCACUUGCAGUAUAACAUGGAACAGAGGAAAAGAGAGAUGGAGGAGGAGCAAAGAGAGGAGCUGCAGCAGCUGAUACGAAAGAAAAGACCUGUCCAGAGUGCUGUAGCCAGUCCGCUGGUGAAGCAGAGACUUCGGGAACAUAUAAUUAUGAAGAGCCAGCCCACACAUGACAGGGUCGCUCCCAGCCGCAACAGUCCUGUGUUGGGAUACGGGCUACCAGUUUCUGACUUGUCCCCGAAGCCUCAGCCUACACCCUGCGACCAGCGUAAGGACCUCGCCCUGCGGAGAACAGUGUCUGAGCCCACACUGAAGUGGAAGCUAAAGAAACUCAUCGCUACAAGGCCAAACCCGCUGCAGCGCAAGAUCAGUGCCCCUCCUGCGGUCAAACACAGGACUGAAACUCUGGACUCCUCUCCGAGCAGCAGCAGCAAUCCAGCCUCUGGGUGCAGCUCACCAAACGACAGCCUCCAUUCAGAUAACGGGACUCUGUCACUGGCUCAGGAAUCUCAGAGGUUGCUGAUGAAGGAUUUGGCUCAUUUCACUUCGCCUCCCAACCACACAGCCAUGCCCAACAUCACUGCCGGGCUUCCCGCACCGCCUGACCUGCGCUUAGCACGGCCAUUGGCAGUGUCUGCCCUGCACCAGGUGUUCCUGCCCCUUGAAGGAAGUAGUCCAGCUCUUGCUCAGGGCCUGCAGCCGGUGCUCGUACUGGAACCACAUACCGGGCUGGUCCGCACGCAGCUCGUUUCUCUUCCUGGUCUGUGCCCUGUGCCUCUGCAGCAUCACCAGCCUCGCCUGUCCUCCACCUCCAGACGAGAAGCCUCGCUGCACUCCCACCGACCUUUGGAGCGAACACGUUCCGAGCCGCCGCCCUACAGCCAUUCAUCCCUGUCUCUGCUCAGCAGCCAUCCGCAGUACUCCCAGCACCAGCUGCUGCAGCAGCAGUACCCCAAGAGUGGGAUGGACAGGUUCAAGCAAAAUGCACAGCUGAGCAAGAUCCCAUCAGAGGACAUGGACCUGGAAGAGACUGGAUCAGGGUCGGGGACGGGGUCUGUGUGCGGCUCCGAGCCCGGCUCGGUGUGUGAGGACGGCUACCGCAGGAGACAGAGCAACGCCAGCAUAGACUCUGUCUACGACACGGAGUCCACCACCUCGUCCCGCGAGAGCCUGAUCGAGCCCUCUCACCCUCUCAGUCAGAGGCAGGUGGUCCUUAGGCCGGGUCUCCAGGUAGAUCACCUGGGCGUUCCUACCCUAAUUUGGCCCCAUCAGCCUCUGGUCCGGACGCAGUCCUCCCCAGCAGACGUGGACGUUAACGUGAAAUCUCCGACUUCACACCCACCCCCCAGCAUUCCUUCGUUGUUUCUGUCCAGCACUGCAACAGACAUUCAGCUGAAUUUCACCACAGGUUUGGUAUACGAUGCUCAGAUGCAGAAGCACCAGUGUACCUGUGGGGAUAACAGCCGCCAUCCUGAGCACGCAGGCCGGGUCCAGAGCAUCUGGUCUAGACUGCAUGAAAGAAACCUCAGGAACCAGUGUGAGCGCAUCCGCAGUAGAAAGGCCACCCUGGAGGAGCUGCAGUCUGUCCAUUCAGAAGAGCAUGUGCUUUUGUUCGGCACCAACCCGGUCCACCGUCUCAAGCUAGACAACCGGAAGCUCGCUGAAAUCUUGUCUCAAGAGAUUCUGUUCAUGUUACCUUGUGGCGGAGUAGGGGUAGACAUUGAUACAGUCUGGAAUGAACACCACACAGCCGCUGCCUCCCGCAUUGCAGCCGGAUGUGUGACAGACUUGGCUCUGAAAGUGGCCCAAAGAGAGCUGAAGAAUGGCUUUGCAGUGGUGAGGCCCCCUGGACAUCAUGCAAACCAUUCCUCCCCCCUGGGCUUCUGUUUCUUCAACUCCGUGGCCAUCGCUGCCAAGCAGCUCCAGCACAAGCUCAACGUCAGCAAGAUCCUCAUUGUGGACUGGGAUGUGCACCAUGGCAACGGCACACAGGAGGCUUUCUACACAGACCCGAGCGUACUGUACAUCUCCCUGCACCGCUACGACGAUGGCAACUUCUUUCCCGGUAGUGGACACCCCAGCGAGGUGGGAGCAGGUGCAGCCGAGGGCUUUAAUGUGAAUGUCGGAUGGACGGGCGGUUUGAACCCUCCGAUGGGUGAUGCAGAAUACUUGGCUGCAUUCAGAGCUGUGGUGAUGCCCAUCGCCCACGAGUUCUCCCCCGACGUGGUUCUGGUGUCGGCCGGCUUUGAUGCCGUUGAAGGACAUGAAGCAUUGCUGGGAGGCUACAAGGUCACGGCCAAGUGUUUCGGCUUCUUGACUCGUCAGUUGAUGUCCCUCGCCGGGGGUCGGGUGGUCCUGGCUCUGGAAGGAGGGCACGACCUCAAAGCCAUCUGCGAUGCCUCCGAGGCCUGCGUCAGGGCCCUGCUGGGCAUGGAGGUGGAGCCUCUGUCUCAGUCCGUGUUGGACCAGAAGCCGUGUGAAAACGCGGUGCGCUCGCUGCAGAGAGUCAUCCAGGUUCACGGUGAAUACUGGCAGAGUGUGAAGGAUUCGGCGGCCACUGUGGAUCAGUCCUACCUGCAGGCUCAGAGACGCAGGCUGAGGCGGGACUCGGACAGCGAGGCCGUCAGUGCCAUCGCCUCGCUGUCGAUGGGAUCGCUCAAGUCCGACAGGAAACAACCCGAUAGAGUGGCGGAGAAAGGUGAAUCUCACUGAACAGAGGCUCCUCUCACAGUUGCCUUCAAGCAGUGGAAACACACACAUACACACACACACACCUGUUCACACACAACGCUACACAUUCGGAUCAUCACUGGAAGCACAGGAACUCCACCUGUGUGACUGCUGGCUGCAGGCGGACCACUCCGACACACACCAGGACCACCUGGGCCUCAGUGCUCACACACACACACAUCCAGCAGGCCUGAACUGAACCCAGCCGAAGAGUUUCUGAAAUACUUGUCGACGAAGGGCUCGCGCUCUCCGGUAGCUUUGGGAGAAACGUGACGUAGCACCAACAGACUCGACGGAGCGCAGCUCUGCCACUUGAACCGAGGGCUUUGUGGACAAAUCCAGCAGGACCGCUCAGACCACCGCGACCUCGAAGGCAGGGGUGAAAGGUCAGCUUGGCUCACCGGAGCGGGAGGAGCGCAGACACUCUCACCAAUCUCGCCUCCAAUCGAAGGAACAGCUGACGUCUUCGCACUGUCUCCAUGAUAUAUGUCGACAAUCAAACAUCUUGUUUGUUCAUAUUUUUAAAGUGCAUUUGAAUAUUCAUUGGUUUGACCUUUGGCAUACAUUUUGGUGGAUGUCAGCAUGGGAUUUAUUUAUUUUUUAAAUCCUGUAAUCCAGAGUGAAGCUACAAUGAAGUCUGAGAUCCAUAUGUUUCUUAUUGUUUUAUAUGUCCACAUAUUUUCUUAAAUCUUUCUUUCUUUCUUGGCCUGUGAGGAGAGCACAUGCAGCAAGGCGUCUGGUUGCUGCAGUUAUUGUUAUCGCUCCCCGACAGAUUGAAGGAGACACGCCAGUCUUUGAAGAGCGUCAAUACGUAGAUAUACUGUAGAUUGUAUCUGUGGCAUUAGUCACAAUAAAGAGCUAAUACCUCGAGUCACUGAGGCGUCAACGUCAGGGGAGGAAGCAAAAUCGUCCAAAGAGUUGUUUUUUUUUUUUUGAUGUGCUGUCAAGAGUGACAGAAACUUCCCAUGAUGCCUCGGUGCAGUGUGACCACUCAGUAAUGAUUGUAUAUGAGACACAUUUUGACAUUUUGGACGUGACUCACAUCCAAAGAAAAAGACUUUAUGACAAUCACACAGACACACACAGACACACACACACACAGACACACACACACACACACACACACACACACACACACACACACACACACACACACACACACACACACAAAGUGCACUUACUCUGCUCUCAGAAAGGAGGGUCAGGAUGACGUGGGUCUCAAAAUCUGAACUUUGAUGUUAAGUGGACCAGUGUUUCUACCUGUGGAUGAGCAUUCCUGCUGUUUUUAACCAAUAUUAUUGUUGUUGUUGUUGUUUUUUUUAUUCCUUUUAAUGAGGACAGCCUGAUGUGUGUUUCGUACAUCGCCCACUCAGCGCCGCUUUGUUUACUGUCAGCUCCGGGGAUGUUUGGCUUCCUGGACCAAGCGGUGGUGCUUCAGCCGUCAGGACGGAGCAAUAAUCCUGAGAUAGUUGAAUAUCCACACAGUGCAAUUGGACACAGGUUAAGCGCAACCAGAGCUUAUGAGAACAAUGUGCUGUCCCUGGACUGGCAUGGCCUGAAGAACUUCAAAGACUUUGAAGAGUUUGUGAAUGUUUCUUUUCUCUCUCCAAACAGUCGGAAAGCACUGAAAGCACAGAACGGAGAUAUAAACAGAUUCAUUUGACAUGACUUCUAUUUAUAUUUUGGGAUUCUGUGUCUUUGAACUGCUUUUUGCGUGUCUAACCCAAUUAUGACGGUGCUAAUACAGUAUGUGUGUUUUUCUGGAGUUUUUCUGUGUUUCUUUAAGGUGUGUUGCAUACAUGCAACUCAGACCAUGUCGGAUAUUUGUUGAUUGUGAUGGAAAAAAAAAAAAAUGUGAAAGCACAUGACAGUGGAGCGGUUUGAGCGCUACGUCCUGCGGGACGGCUCAGCGGAGCAGAACAUUCACGACAUAUCUCCCGUCUUAACGUUGUUGUCUUAAUUCAUGCAAAUGAUUUAUUUUUGUAUUUGAUCCAAAAAAAAAAAAAAGAAAAUUACCCUGUGAAUAACGUAGAGACCAAAUUGUUGUUGGAACUAUCAAACUGACCAACCUGUGUGAAGGUAGCCUUAAAAAAAAAAAAACUGAAGCUUAAUUAAAGCAGACAGAGUCUGGUUUGAUCAGAACUGACUGUCUGACUUUUUGUACAGUUGUAUAUAUUUUCUUUUGUUUUCCAGUCUGAAUUUUAAGACCUUUCUACUAUUCUUGUUUCCCCUGAAAAAAAUCCUUAAUAAAGGUAAAUUAUCAGCA